AUGGCUGCAGCAACAAAUGGCUCUGCUGCCGCUGGCGCCGCAGCCCCCGAAGACCCUCCGAAGCAGACAGAUGCUUCAAACGACGCUCCUCUGGCCGAGGACGGCGCUGAACAAGCUCCUGAAGAUGCCAUGUUCAGCCUCUACAUUGCGCUUCCGCAUUCUUCUAAUAAGGUCCAAAUCAUGGUGGCCCCACACGAGCAAGUCCACGAGGUUCGACAGUCCAUAAUCGAGCUCCCUGCGGCAUUACAAUACUCUUGUUUCCACUUGGAGCAUAAGGGCGAACGAAUCAACGACUUCGUCCAGAUUUCCGAUAUCAAUGGCAUCGGCCAUGAAUCUGAGAUUCAGCUGGUGGAGGAUCCGUACACGGAGAAGGAGGCAAGAAUCCACCUCGUUAGGGUGAGGGAACUCAUUGGUGCCGCUGGAGACCGCACCGACACGAUUCAAGGCAUACUGCCUGGUCUUAGUCUUUUUGACAAAGUCGCUGCGGAAGCUGGCGACGUAGCGGACAAGGCCAGUCCUGCCCCCAUUACAGAGUAUGACUUCGCCGCCAGUCCAGCUGUCUCCACAUUGCUGCCGGAAGAGAGCGACCCGGCGCCGAAAACUGUGAAGGCCAUUUCCUUGUCGCCUUGGAAUCCUCCGCCAGCCCAUCUGCGACAGAAGGGCCAUCUGCUCUACCUGAUCGUCACGACGAACGAGGGUGAGCAACAUCAGAUAACCGCCCAUGUCGGAGGCUUCUUCGUGAACAAAUCAUCCAAUGCGAAGUUUGACCCAUUCCCGCGACCCGCACCUAAGGGCCAUGCAGCUCACUCGCUAUUGAGCUUGAUCGAGGAGAUUUCGCCAUCUUUUGCCGGCUCGUUCGCACAGCUCCAGGAGUUCAACAACCGCAAGGAACCCUUGGCGACCUUCCAGAUCACGAAUGCUAUCCCAGCGGCACCCUGGCUCAUACCUUCUUCGUCCUCUCCCCUGUGCUCUCAUAUUCCAGAUAUCACAAGAACGCAGGAGUCUUUCCUGAUUGCUGGCGUUGAGAACACGGAUACAUUGAGAGAUUGGAAUGAGGAGUUUCAAUCGGCGAAAGAGCUACCAAAGGAUGGCGUGCAAGACAGAGUCUUCAGGGAGCGCCUCCUAUCGAAGCUCUAUGCUGACUACAAUGAUGCGGCGGCAAGGGGAGCAGUACUUGUUGCUCGAGGAGAAGUCGCGCCAUUGAAUCCCACUGAGGAGAGAGAUGCACAAAUAUUCGUGUACAACAACGUAUUCUUCUCGUUUGGAGCUGACGGUGUUGGCACGUUCACCUCUGAGGGUGGUGAUGAGGCUGCCCGAGUGGCUACUGGCAAGGAUGUGAGCGGUGUGAAGCUGGUAAAUCAGCUUGAUAUUGACGGCUUGUAUACCCCCGGGACUGUUGUUGUGGAUUAUCUCGGCAAGCGUAUUGUGGGUCAGAGCAUUGUGCCAGGUAUCUUCAAGCAGCGAGACCCAGGCGAGAACCAGAUCGAUUAUGGCGCAGUGGAUGGUAAGGAUGUUGUCGCGGCCAACGACAAAUUCACCUCUGUCUUCGAGAAGCUGUCUCAAGCGCUAAAGGUCAAGAAGCAUGCUGUCUGGGACAAGGACGGCAAGCGAUUCGACCUUGAAUCCAGCGUGGAGACCAAGGGAUUGCUUGGUACUGAUGGCAGGAAAUACGUGCUGGAUUUGUAUCGCAUCACCCCUCUGGACAUUGCUUGGCUCGAAGAGCAUGGCGUUCAGGGCGAGACGGCCACUGGUUCAGAAUACCCCCAUCGGAUGACAGUCCUGCGGCCGGAACUAGUUGAGCUCUUUGUCAGGAACAAGAUGAGGGACUGGGUCAAUGCUGAGCUUGCCAAGCGUGCCGAAUCUAAGAAGGAUGCUAAGGCGAUAGAAGAGAAGCCAGAAGGCGAUGAACAGACUGCCGAGAAGAAUGAGGCAGAGGACGAGCGGAUUGAUGUGUCAAACUUCAAAUACGCGCUCAACCCUGAUGUUUUCAGUGGACAGGUCCCGCAGAGUGAGGCCGAAAAAGAGGAAAUGUCUUCGGACGAGAAGGAUGUUCGUGCUGCCUGCGACUUCCUGCGUGAUGUGGCUAUUCCGGAGCUGCUCAACGACCUGAAGGAAUCUGAUAUCAGCUUUCCCAUGGACGGCAGGUCGCUCAGCAAAUUGCUGCAUAAGCGUGGCAUCAACCUGCGCUAUAUGGGCAAGGUCGCUUCACUGAGCGAAGGACCUCGUCUGGAGUGCCUUCGGGAAGUCUGCGUGCGUGAGAUGGUUGUAAGAUCAUUCAAGCACGUGGCUGCGAAGUAUCUGCGAUACCUAGCCCUACCUUUGACAUCAGCCUGCAUUGCCCAUCUGCUCAACUGCUUCUUGGGAUCUGGACUCAACUCCAAGCCUACAGCCGAUAUUGACCAGUCGAUACGGGCUCUGUAUGAUGAUGCAGACCUAGCUUUUGAGAACGUGACACCUGAAACCUUGCGUGAGGCAAUCGAAAUUGAGACUGCUCGGAGGUUCAGAUACACGCUGGAGCCUGGAUGGCACAACCAGCUGAGCCACCUGCAAGUGCUGCGAGAGGUGUGCUUGAAGCUAGGUAUCCAGGUCCAGGCGAAGAGCUUUGCCUUCACAGCGGACUCAUCCGAAGCCGCUGCUGAUGCUAAGCCCGCGCUCACUGAUGCUCCUGCUGCAAACGGCCAAGCGAAUGGCGAGGGUAGCAAGAAGAAGAAGAACAAGAAGGCUCGUGAUGCUUCACCAGCUUCCAUUGCCUCUUCAGCAAGUGUACCUCAUACCUUUACUCCUGAUGACAUUGUCAAUGUCGUUCCUAUUGUCAAGGAUUCGUCUCCCCGCAGUGCUCUUGCCGAGGAGGCUCUUGAAGCUGGCAAGAUCUCUAUUGCGCAAAACCAGAAGAAGCUGGGCCAGGAACUUCUUUUGGAGUCUCUGUCACUUCAUGAACAGAUUUAUGGCAUCCUUCACCCGGAGGUUGCUAGAGUCUACCACUCGCUUUCUAUGUUGUACUACCAACUAGAGGAGAAAGAGGCUGCCGUAGAGCUUGCACGCAAGGCCAUCAUCGUCUCCGAGAGAACAGUCGGCGUCGAUUCCCAGGAGACUUUGCUUGACUAUCUCAACUUGAGCCUUUUCCUGCACCAGCUAGGCGACAGUAAGACCGCGCUCGAGUAUGCCAAGCAUGCUCUCAACCUGUGGAAGAUCAUCUACGGGCCUGAUCAUCCCGACACCAUCACCACCAUCAACAACGCCGCGGUCAUGCUGCAACAUCUGAAGGCUUACCACGAGUCUCGCCGGUGGUUCGAGGAGUCGCUGCGCAUCUGUGAAAAGGUGUUUGGCAAGCAGUCUGUCAACUCUGCCACGCUGCUCUUCCAGCUUGCGCAGGCGCUCGCCCUGGACCAGGACUCCAAGGGCGCGGUGAACCGCAUGCGCGAGUCGUACAACAUCUUCCUGUCCGAGCUGGGUCCCGAGGACAAGAACACCAAGGAGGCGGAGAGCUGGCUCGAGCAGCUGACGCAGAACGCCGUCUCCAUCGCGAAGCACGCCAAGGAUGUCCAGGCCAGACGUCUGCGUGCCGGCAUCCGCUUCACGCCGAGGAACUCACCCCUUGGCAGCUCCACCACCACCACAGCACAGGUUACGGACAAGGCGCUAAAGUCCGAGUUCGAGAAGAAGCCGUCUAUGGACGCACGUAGCAUCGAUGAGCUAAUCAAGUUCAUUGAGGGCACCGACAAGCAGAGCAAGGCUGCAAAGAAGGGGCCGAGGAGCAAGAAUCCCAAGAGCCGUCGCAACGGACCAGUCAGCACCACCGCAUAA